AUGCCAGCUUUAAAUAAAAUGCUGGUUCUCAGUGUUCUGUUGGCUUUCUUGGGCUUCACUAAAUGUCAGGAUUUACCAAGGUGCAGUAUAGAGCCACACCAGACCAACCAGACCUCCCGUUAUGACCUGCUGGAAGAGUUUGGCUUGGUUGAGAGCAGAGGGGUGAGGCAGGUGAAAGGCUCGGAGCCAGAGUCAGUAGCGUACCGUGUAAACCCCUCCCUGCAUCUCAGGAAGAGCCUGAGCGACGUUUACCCAAAUGGUCUGCCUACUGACUACUCUGUCAUAGCCACUUUCAAGAUAACCAAGGACGAGGCAAAGGCAUCCUGGAACCUUUGGCAGGUUAGCGACCCCGAGGGCCGGGACCUGGUAGGGCUGCGUUUUAAUGGUGACUCUAGAACGCUGGACUACUUCUACAGCAGCCCCAGCAACAUACAGAUGUUGCGCACCUUUCACGGUGUGGAGAAUUUGUUUGACGGUGAGUGGCACAAACUGGCGCUCAGUGUGAAAGGAGACCAGGCAAAGCUACUGGUGGACUGUGAAGAAGUGAGCGCCGAACUGCUGGAUGAGCCGAGACCAGUCAUCCUCCGCGGCUACACCUCCAUCGUCAAGAGAACUGCCGGCGAUCGCCCCGUCUCUGUGGACCUGCAGAGGAUGCGCGUUUCCUGUGAUGCUGACCAGGCCUAUUCCGAAGGCUGUUGUGAGCUCUCGAGUGUGUGUGGAGGACAUGCAGAAAUUGGCCUCAGUGCGAGAAGAGGCAAAGCCACAUGUAAAUGCCUCCAUGGACAGCCAGGUCCACAGGGAAUUUCUGGUCCUAAGGGUCACAGAGGUCUGCCAGGAGAGACUGGAGAACCAGGGCGAGUGGGAAACUGGGGACGAAGAGGACACACUGGAGAGCAUGGAAACAUAGGCGAACCUGGUCCUAAGGGCCAUGCUGGGAUCAAAGGAGAGAAGGGAAUGCGAGGACUCCGUGGCCCUGAGGGUGACACAGGGCCUAAAGGUUUCAAAGGUUUACCAGGCGCUACAGGCCACAAGGGAGUGCGAGGGCCUCCUGGAGAGAGAGGAGAGACGGGGCUGGCAGGAGAGAGAGGAUCAGUAGGAGAUCAGGGGUACCAGGGAAUUCCUGGAUAUCAGGGAGUGAAGGGAGAGGAAGGUCCCUCUGGAAAUGAUGGACCUCCAGGACCACAGGGCCUGCAGGGUGUUGUGGGAGAUCCUGGUGAAAGAGGAGAACCUGGAGAAAAAGGAAAGCCUGGUAUACAAGGGCAUAAGGGAAGUGCUGGAGGCAUGGGAAUAAAGGGCAUUGUUGGUGAUCCAGGUUUACCUGGAAGGGACGGAGACUCUGGCAACGAGGCUUAUCAAGGAGAACAAGGGCCUGAGGGAAAAUUCGGAAGACCUGGCGACAAGGGUGACAAAGGCGCUCAGGGGCCUCCAGGGAACAUGGGUCCUCAAGGACGUACUGGUCUGCAAGGAUAUAAAGGCUCAGCAGGAAAGCCAGGAAGACCAGGACUCAUGGGGCCGCCAGGAAGAACGGGACAUAUAGGAUUGCCUGGAAAACCAGGUCCAAAGGGAAGUACUGGUAUUCCAGGAUUUCAAGGUGUAAAAGGGCAAGAGGGGGAGAAAGGACAAAAAGGACCAAAAGGCAGGGUAGGAGAUAGAGGUGAGCUAGGGCCACAGGGAGGACAGGGGAAGCGUGGACCUGCCGGAGAUCCUGGCCGUAAAGGUGGCGUGGGGACCAAAGGUGUCCAAGGAGACGCAGGGCUAGAGGGAUUUCAGGGAACUCCAGGACCACCGGGCCCAACACUCUCAGCCCAACAUGUUAUCGAGGUCUGCAAGCGUGUGGUGCUGGAACAGAUGUCCACAUUUGCCAACUCUGUGAAGCGGACAUGUGCCGCCGUGUGUCCACUGUAUGGUGAUGUGCCCAUGGGUGCCCCUGGUCCCGCAGGACAAAGGGGACCACCUGGACCACCCGGUGAUCCUGGCACUGAUGGUGUUGAUGGAGAAGUAGGGCAGCAAGGAUUCUAUGGCGAGUUUGGUGAUCCGGGCAGACAAGGGACACGAGGUGAUCAAGGAGAGAAGGGAGACAUGGGUCCAAAAGGCUAUGGUUUAACUGGUUACACUGGAGACCAAGGACAAAAAGGUCAGCGUGGACGACCUGGCAGAGCAUUCGAUGGACGACCUGGUCAAAUGGGUGAGAGAGGCCAUGUUGGCCGACCCGGACUGAGGGGUCACCCUGGACUACCUGGGGUUCCUGGAGUUUGCCGGUCAUCAGGGUGUGGUCUGCUCAAUGGGAAUGCUGGAGGCACACCCCAACAAGCAUCUCCGAGCUCAUCCAGACGGACAUCACAGAGACUCCGGGCACGGCCAUAAAGUUACAGGAUAACUGCAAUUAUGCAAUUGCGUAGAGCAUGUCAACUGAUGUAAAUAGAUUUAUAACCCCUCCUCAUCAAAAGACUAUGUUUUCAAUAAUAAAGAGAAGAACCAUCACAGCUACAGGACUGACUGAGGCCAAAUAAGGGAAUUUAUUUUCAAAGCAAUUUAGCUGGCUAACAACUUACUGUAAUUAUUACUAAUAAUGUAACAGGCAUUAAUGUGGGUUCUGUAUUGUUCUUAUGGAAAAUUGUCUUUGGACACAGUUUUGUUUGUGUUCUUCCAGGCAAGUGUUUUCCCCAAAGCAUCACAAAUCAAAAUCUAUUUUCUCGAGAUUGAUUUUGACCACUUCUGCUAACACUGGUUUGAGAUUAUGUCCCAUCUGCCACAUCUGGGGACAGAAACCUCCAGAACGAUUCUCACAUUCUUCUGACCUAGUGGUGGCCUUUGUAAAUGGAAGAAAAAAAAACCCCUCAAACUCAUAAUUCCACAAGUUUUUCUUCCUUCUGGUCUUUCUUCUGGUCAUCAUGCCAAGCUUUACGAGCAUCCAGAUACUAUAAUUUCUAUUGGUUUGCAGUUCUCAAGCACUCAAAGCAAAAUUCUGGAAGAAAAAAGACCCUUUAGUUUCAGAAGUUUGUGCCAAAUGCUAAGUAAGCAUUUUACUAUUUUUUAUACUUUUUACUAUAAAACAUCCAACUGUCCAUCAAAUGAGGAUGGUUUUUGAGUAAGGUCACUAGAUGUCAUUUGCUCAAGCUUCACUAGAACAAAUGUGUGACUA